AUGUCCGAAAAUUUGAGGAAUUACAGUGCUGAAUUAGUGGAGAAACCUAAUAUUAUUAUAUUUAUGCCCGAUCAACUAAGAUAUGAUGCCAUAGGGACUUUCGGAAACAAUGCUAUACAUACUCCUAACAUUGAUAGUUUGGCUAGAAAUGGAACUAAAUUUACCAAUUGCUACUUACAACAUUCAGUUUGUUCUCAAAGUAGGGCUUCAAUUGUUACAUCAAAAUAUCCUCAUUCUACUGGUCAUAGAGGAUUAAAAACUUAUCUUAAGCCUUGGGAGGACAAUUUUUUCAAAACUUUGAAGCAAAACGGAUAUUAUGUUUCUAGUGUUGGUUCAAGGGGAGACAUAUUCUCUAAGGGUGCAACUGAAUUAAGUAGCGAUGAAUAUGGUUUCUUUAAAAAUCCCGAAUUUGGUUACUUGCAGGUUUGGGAAGCGAUGCUAAAAAAAAAAGAAAGUCAUGUUAAUGAUGAGACAGACUGGGGAAGGCUAUAUUACACUGGGUCCAGAGGAGAUGAGGCUGUUUAUGAUUUUGAUGAGGCUGUAAUUCAGACCGCAGAAAAGUGGCUUGAUACAACAGGUAAAACUUUGAAAAAACCUUGGGUAUUAUUUUUACCCUUAAUUUUUCCACAUUGUCCAUUUGGAGUGGAAGAGCCUUACUUUUCGAUGUAUAAAGAAAAAAGCUUACCAAAGCCGUUGAACUAUAAACUGAAAACAGGACAUGAGCCACUCUAUAUGCAAAAAUUACGUACGUUGCAUGGUCUAGAGACAUUAAGCGAUGAAGUUUGGAAUGAGGUCAUUGCUACAUAUUAUGGUAUGAUAAGUAGAAUUGACGAUCAGCUAGGACGAAUCCUCUCUAAAGUUGAUGACUCAAAUACUGUCAAGUUUUUUUUUACAGAUCACGGUGAAUAUUUGGGCGAUCAUUCUUUGAUCGAAAAAUGGCCUGCUGGAGUUUCCGAACAAUUAGUUCAUGAACCUCUUAUAAUUUCGGGCCCCGGAAUUCCUAAAGGAAAAAUUGUUGAUUCCUUUGCAGAAAUGGUAGAUCUAGGACCUACAAUUUUUGAGCUUACUGGAUUGAAUACUCGGCCGUAUCCUCACAAUGGAAAAUCUUUGUUACCUAUAAUUUAUGAUAAAGUAGAAACUCACAGGAAUGAAGUAUUUUCAGAGGGAGGGUUUUUGUUUUCUGAAGAGAGCAUUAUCGAGUAUGCUCCAUAUCCUUAUGACAUCAAGGCUAAUUUGCAGCACACUGAUACCAAUACAGUGGGAAGGGUUGUGGCCAUUAGAAAUGAGGAAUACACAUUUGUGUUAAGAUUGUAUGAAAAAAAUGAGUUAUACUCAAGAAGAUAUGAUUUACAAGAAGCUCACAAUUUAAUUGAUGAUCCAAAAUACCAAGACACGAUCAAAGACUUUGAAAGUAAACUCUUACGUUGGUUUUUUGAAACCAGUGACCACGCACCAAAUGAAUCUGAUCCUAGGCAAGUGGAAGUAGAUUUGCCCGUUCCAGGAUCACUUGUGCCUUUGAAAACUAGUUAG